GUGCAACAAUUGGAAAAUUACCCUAAUUGUUUUUUUCACAUGUCUAGAUAGGAAUGCGAUAACGUGUACCUCGAGCACAUGCAAGAUCACCAGAAAUGGCGAACUCCAACUGUGAUUGCAUCAAUCGCCUCACCGUAUCUAGACAAAGCAAUCUGCUACUGGUUUUGAGCAGAAUCUGUGUACUUCUCAUCUGCUGUGUGAUGUCCCCGAACGGAAGAACCCCGCCCCAAACGUCAUCUCAUGUGGCUAUAGCGCGUAAGCGCAAAAUCGAAAACAAAUGCAGGAAAUUCGCCGCCGCCGUACACGCAAAUGUGGUGCCGUCAGCUGAUUGGCGCUCAUGUGCAUAAUAACUGCCAUAGAGCAGUUAUCGCUUCCAUGAUCGCCACGAAUUUGUGGCAGCCGACAAUCGGCAGGGGUUCGCGUGAGCUCAGGCAAUAUUCGAGCGGAACAUCGCCGACGGCGGCUGUCGGACGUCCUGCCUGUGAGAAUCCGGCGAAACCGUUUGUGUGCUUUAGCUUUUGCUAUCAUGUUCACACUUUCGUCGGCAAUUCGUUCGGUAAGAUAAGAUAAAAUGCUUCCCCGUGAUAUCACGCCAACCUUCUGAUUUUAGCCUCACGAUUCUCACUGGCUGUAACUCUGUUGAUGGUCACAUUCAGUAUUUGUGCAGUUGGGUUGGGUUUAUUGGGGAGUUGCUCAAUUCAAUGCAAUCGACAAAAAAGCCAGGAAUGCACCUGAACAAGCACGUAACAAGACAAACAACUUCUUUAAUGAACCUCUCGGACGACCCCGAACUCAUUGACCAAAGCCGGGUUGACAUCGAAAACGAAAACAAAAAAAAAUGACGCCACAAUUCGUGGCCCACGAGCAAUUAUCGAGCGUCGAUGAAUGUGAUGUGUGUGGAUGACAUUCGUUUUUUUUUUUUCAGUUGAUACACCUACUAGCUAGUAUACGCAUACCUUGCACAGUGGGAAAAUCUGUCAUGAGGACAAAAUUAAGUUUUUUUUAGGUUCAAGUUUAUGUUUAAGUGGACGAGUGAUUGCAUCAUCACUUCCCCCCUCUUUCACACAUUGCCAUCAGAAAGGGCUUUUUUUAAAAAAAAAGACAAUUACACCGUCUUCGACCUUUCGGCCACUACAGACUGAACAUUACAACAUUAGACAACGGACAACACAUAUAACACCCAGUAGCCCAGUGGAGAAUUUUCCGUUUGACGAAAAGUUUUCCCCGACUGGAGCGGGAAUCGAACCCACACUCCGAGGCUUACGAGACACCUAAACGACUGACGCCGCUAACCGCUCGGCCACGAAGCCCACUUCGCUUACAUGGUAGGAACAAUUUUGACUUAAAAAUAGAAGAUCUCAUCAGCACUUGCUGAAAAUGAAAGGAUGUGAACAUUUUGGUUUGUAAUUGGACGUACCCUUGUUUAUCAUAACUCUUUUAUAAGUAUGCAUAGAUUAUUUGGUAGAAUCUUUCCGAUUUUUCCAUUAACUAUUCCCACUGUGCAUCGGCUAGUUUUGCCAAGUGUGCUGCCUCCCACGCGUUCGCGUCUUAUUUGCUGCGGGUUUCAAGUCUCGCCCGGUACCACCCCGUACACGUCGCGUUCGUCGGAGCGAGCCGCGGUUCGCUACCGCGCUUCUAAAUCGGUGGAGUCGAUGGCAAAACUGGAAUUUGAUCGAAAUGGAGUUGCCUUGGUUAAGUUUAAGUAGGUAUAGUUUUGCUUUGCCCAAUCGGACGAGAGAGCGAAGCGCGUCGAGCUUGGCACCUUUAGUUCCAAGUCUAAGAUGAGCGAUUCCAAGCAACAGCAUCAAAAUUAAGGAAAUUUUUUAAUUCAUGAUUUUCUAUUGAACUGAAACUUUGCACAGUUUUUAAGUUCCAUCUAAAUCGUCAUUUUCCGAUAUCAAAUUUUUAUUUUGAAUCACGACUAACUUUUCAAAAGGGUGUAUGUGAAAAUGGUUCAAAAAUAUUCAAAAAUCUGCACAGCCAAAAUGGUUCGUUCGAUUGCAAUAAAUUUUUCAGCAAAGUUAGAUAACUAAAUGGUGAUUCCUAAGAAAAUAUACACUGUGAAAAAACAUCUUUUUUAACAUUAAAAAAUAUCAUUUUUGUCACAAAAACUCAAAUAUCUCAAAACCCUAUCUUUUUACCAACGUAAUUUUUCUAGGGAAGACGGUCCAUUGUAUUAGCAAUCUACCAUAAAAAUUUGGUGAUGGUAAACUAAUAAACAAAAAAGUUAUAACAUUUCAAACAUUUCACAAUUUUCACAUUUGGUAAAUAUUUUUUUCUGUGUAAAUUAUUUCGAUCAGAAAUCGCAGUUAGAUGCAGAUUUUAUUGUUCAGCAAAGUUAGAUAACUAAAUGGUGAUUCCUAAAAAAAAUGUACACUGUGAAAAAAAAAUCUUUUUUUAACAUUAAAAAAUAUCAUUUUUGUCACAAAAACUCAAAUAUCUCAAAACCCUAUCUUUUUACCAAUGUAAUUUUUUAGGGAAAACGGUCCAUUGUAUUAGCAAUCUACCAUAAAAAUUUGGUGAUGAUAAACUAAUAAACAAAAAAGUUAUGACAAUUCAAACAUUCCACAAUUUUCACAUUUAGUAAUAAUUUUUUUUUAGUGUAAAUUAUUUCGGCCGGAAAGCGCAGUUUGAUGCUGAUUUUAUUGUUAAUGGCCUUGCGGGAGUAAAACAAUCUGUUUUUAUUAUGUAUUAUGUAUAUUAUAUGUACAGUACUGUUCCGAUUUUAUCACGCCCUCCGCGCAUUAGUCGUUUAUUGAUUAAUUUGCUGUUACAUUUGAGGACAAGUGUUUUCCCUCUUCUUCAAGAUGAAUGUUGAAAGCGUGUUUUGCAACGUUAAAAAUAUUGAAAUGGGUAUAAAUGUUGAAGUAUAUUUCAAAGCAUUUUUGAAAAGAGGCGUGAUUAAAUUGUUUAAACAGAUGUCGCUGAUGGUACGGUGGCAUGACUCUCUGCACUUAGCACUUCUGGCAAUUUCUCAGUUGUUGUCGUUUUCGAACUUCCUGCGCCCUGCUUUACCGAUGAUAUACAGAUGGCUCGUUUGUCAAAGUCUAGACGGCAGGACGUGCAAAUGCGUAAAUUUGUAUUCAAUUUGGGCAUAACCAGUCUCUUUCAGUUUAUCUAUGAGAUUUCGUAACUCUUUUGAACAUUUUUUUUUUCACAAGCGGUCUACAAGAGAGCGUUGAGUUGAAGACCUUUGAGAAAGCGACUGUUCAUGUUGUUCGUUAGAUUAUAAUAAACAAAAUCACUUAUUAGUUUUAACUGACUAGUUUGGUGUUGUUUGCUUGGACGAAGAAAAAAUUUACUAUAAAAUUUUUAAUAUCCAUAGCGGUAGUAUUUUUUUGCUUUUUCGUGAGCAUUUUCAUGGUAUGUAUACAGUAAGGUGGCCCACACUUAUAUGAAAAACAAAAAUUUCGAAAAAUGCCAAGUCUUACCUUCUAAAUCAGUUGUUUUGGAGUCCCAGAAGCUACGUUCAAAAUUUGAGCAAAAUCGGUUGAGCCUAAGGGGGCGCUCAAAACGCUUGAAGUUUGUAUGGGAAAACUUGGCCAAAUGUAUGCAGAAAUUUUAAGUUUUCGAAUUUUGCCGCCAGGUGGCGCUGUAAGCGUUCAAUAAUCAAACCCUUUGGUCUUAUUGUAGGUGACUAUAUGCCAAACAACUUUGUCGAAGACCGCAAAGUGAUCCAACUUCUGUGAAAAAAGUUAUACCCUUGGUAAAGUGAGGAUAAACUUUAUUGUUGUUUUUCCAAUACAUGUAAAAGAAUAAUAUCAAUAAUGAAAUCUCACUACUUUGCCUCACUUUGCCUAGGGUAUAACUUUUUUCACAGGCGUCGGAUCACUUUGCGGUCUUCGACAAAGUUGUUUGGCAUAUAGUCACCUACAAUAAUACCAAAGGGUUUGAUUAUUGAACGCUUACAGCGCCACCUAGCGGCAAAAUUAGAAAACUUAAAAUUUCUACAUACAUUUGGCCAAGUUUUCCCAUAUAAACUUCAAGCGUUUUGAGCGCCCCCUUAGGCUCAACCGAUUUUACUCAAAUUUUGAACGUAGCUUCUGGGAGUCCAAAACAACUUAUUUAGGAGGUAAGACUUAGCAUUUUUCGAAAUUUUUGUUUUUCAUAUAAGUGUGGGCCACCCUAGUAUACAGACAAACAAACGUAACACUGACGAAAUUUUCAUUGACCACGCCUUUAACGAUCAUUUUGAAUCUUGGUUGUGGCUUUCAUAACCAGAAGAGUGCCCAUCGUUUUUCUUUGCGUUUGACGUUUCACACUAGCGCCUUCUGAUGACGAUAUUGCACAACGCAGUGUUUCGUGAAACAUUUCCACCAGGUGGUGGUAGUGUGAACUGGGCGAUGGAUUUUCACGAAAAUUGUUCUAGGCGUUUUGUCUGUUUGUCUGUGGUAUGUACCUCUCAUGCAUUUGUUGUUGUUGAAGUGAUUGUACGUCGUUUCCCGGAAAACCAUUUCCCGGAAACCCGUUUCCCGGAAAGCCAUUUCCCGGAAUGUACCAUUUCCCGGAAAACCAUUUCCCGGAAUGUACCAUUUCCCGGAAAACCAUUUCCCGGAAUGACCAUUUCCCGGAAAACAUAUUCAAUAUUUAAAAAAACAACAUUUCUAUUAUUUUCAUUAUUUUGUAAAUAUUUCUUUGCAUAAAAAUAAUAAAAUUAUGUACUACUCUCAAUUUGUAUUAGUUUUUUAUGACGAGUAUUAUGAAUAAUUGAAAGCUCUAAAUUACGGUAUGCCUCCACAGCUAAUCGGAGGGACAAGAACAUUGCCAUUGUCUCUUUUCCAGUUUUUUUGAUCUUACGAAUAUCAAAGACUCCUUGUUGGUAGCCUAAGUAUUUGACAAAAGUAUUGCGUUCCUCUUCUUUGAAAACUAAAGUAAAACUAAAUAACUAUUAUAGCAGUAUAACUUUAAAGAACAGCUUAUGUUUAAAAGAAGGGAAAAUAUUCGAUGAAAUAGUUAGCAGUUUGAUCUCGAUAAACACGAUAUGGGAAUAUUGCUAGCUUAAUGCCAACAACUAUUCUAACUGUGUAACUAGAAAGAACAGCCUAUGUUUAAAAGAAGGGACAAUAUUCAAUGAAAACAUGGACAGGUUAAUGCCGACAACUAUUUUGAAAGAUAACUCGGAAGAACAGCCUAGGUGUGAAAGAAGGGAAAAUAUCGAUUCGUUAUUAUGAUACAAAAAAUUAACUGAUCGAGAGACUACAUCAUGAAGAUUCAAAAGUCAAAACAGCAAAUGAAGUAUGGAAUGUUUCAUAUCAACAAUUAAAUUUUUGUAAGGGUAUACUUCGAAAGAACGGCUUAUGUAUGAAAGAAGGAAAAUUCUUCGAUAAUAUUAAUUCAGCAGUUAUUAUUCUAAAAUCAGCAUAACGCAUUAUAUUUAUCAAAGAACAGCCUUUGUUGAGAAGAAGGGCUGAUAUCUGAUAUCUGAAUAAUAUCAUAUCUGCAAAAAACAGCGUAUGUUUGAUAGGUAGGAAAUCCUCUGAUACAAAAAUGAGGUUUGUUUUGAUUUCUGUUACAACAGUACAAGCUAGUUGGAACAUCAAAAAGUAGAGAAAGCCGAUCAAGUUAUCCCUAAGGAGUGUUCCUUGUCUUAAGGGUUACAAAAAGCAACAUUUUAACAUAUAAUGCUUUCAGUCAAUAAGGGCGGACGUGUAGAAGCUGAGAAGUAGGCUCAGUGCGAUGAUGCUGGGAGAUUAGGCUCAAUUGACAUGAGGCGAUUAAUCACUGGACUUAAUAGAUGUUAGACCAAUUAGAUUGAAAGAUCUGCCUAUUAUUAAAAGAAAGAAAAAUCUCAUAAGAAUGAGUUAGUUGCUGGUUUACUAAAUAAUACUGUAGCACUGCAACUUAUAAGUUAACAACUUAUUCUUUAAAGAUGGAAAAAUUUUAAAUGUGGAUAUCAGUUUGGUCACCAGCAAGUGUUAUUUGAAAGAAGACCACAUUUUGAAAGAAGGACAAACCUCCUACGGAGUUAGCAGUGGACCACCGAUAAACAACAUAACUGUGCAACUCGAAAAAAAACCUCGAUUUAGAGAAGGAUACAUUUUUGAAGGUAGGGUCAGCAGCCUGGCCUCCAAAAAAUACACUAAUACUCUAAAGAACAGCUCAUUCUUAAUAGAAGUAAAAAUGUUCAUUUGAUUAGCAGUUUGGUCGCUGGCCAAAAUUUUCAACAGUGUAACUUGAAAGAACAGCCUAUUAUCAAAAGAAGGUGAAAUCUUCUAUAGAGUGCCGGAUUUCAUCGCCGCAAACUUAACAACACAUAUACAGUCUUUGACGAAGAAGACAAAUGAUGGAACAUUUAGCAAUUCGGCAUUUUGCUGGAAAGAACAGCCUUAUUUUAAAGAAGGAAGAAUCUCUGAUGGAGUUACCAAUAUGAGCGCUUAAAAGUACAAUCUAUGUGACAACGAUUGCUUAUUGAUUAUUACGCCUAAUGCCCAUUCGUCCUGAUGACGUUUGGCCUAAUGGACUUUGGCCUUACGUUCGAAAUUCUUGAGAACAGAUUACGAAUCAAACAAGGCCAAUUUUUAUUCAGGAAGGUAUUAGAUUUACUAUCAAUUAGUAUAAUCGGAGUGCUAAGGUUAAGCAGAGUUAAAGUUAAGCAGAGAAAAUAAUUUGUCAUUCUUUUAUUGUCAAAUGUUAAUUUCUUGAUUUAGUUUUGGCUGACCAAGUCAUGCAGAAAUUACACUGUUGAUUCUUCUAUCGUUUGCAAAAUAUUAAAUUCCGCGAAAAAGUAUUCCGCGAAAAGUCAUUCUACGAAAUGAUAUUCAACGAAAUUGUUCAUUCCGGUAAAUGUUACAAUGCGAAGAAAAAUUCCGCGAAAUGAUGUUCGGCGAAAUGGUAUACAUCCAAAAUAUCCUAUGAAAUUAUUUGCAGCUGGCUUCCAAGCUUAAUGUCAACAACUAUUUUAGCAAUUCAACUAGAAUGAACAGCCUAUCUUGAAUUUGAUGUAAUACUAAAUAAAUGAAAUGAAUGAAUGAACAGCCUAUACUUGGGAGAAGGGAAAAUAUGUGAUGAAAACUUAGCAGUUUGAUUUCGUCGAUGGUUUGAUGCCGACAACUAUUUUAACAAAAAACUCAAAUGAAUAGCCUUUAAAAUAAGGAGAAAUUUACUAUUUGUGAGAAUUACAAUAAUUGUAAUAAUUACGGUCCCUCAUAUAUUCUGCAGUAAAUGAUUUUGUGUCCUUCUUAUCGAUUACUGUUCUUUGAAUAUCAAUACUGUCAUUAUACAAUUAUAUUUCACUGCCAUUACUUACAGAACACAAACGGAAAAUUAAUCUUAAAUUUUUUUUCCGGAAAAUGGUGCAUUCCGGGAAAUGGUGCAUUCCGGGAAAUGGUACAUUCCGGGAAAUGGAUUUCCGGGAAAUGGUCCAUUCCGGGAAAUGGAUUUCCGGGAAACGUCUUUCCGGGAAACGGUUUUCCGGGAAAUGGUUUUCCGGGAAAUGGGGGACAACCGUUGCAGGUGCAUUUAUAUAGUUGAACACUGCUAACUGCAUAAGAGAUUCCCCUUCUUCAAUUUACAGGCUGUUCUUUCCAACGAUGUAACGUUACAGAAUUGGUUCGCACCCAAUUUAAUAAUUCCAUCUGGUAUUUUUCCUUCUUAAAAAACGGGUUAUUCUUUCGACAUGAAAGAACAACAAAUUUUUAAGAGAAGGAACAAUAGCAGAUAGAGUUAAUAGUUUGGCCGCCAAUCAAAUACGUAACGUUGUAACAGACUUUUAAAUAAAAAAGGGCAAAUAUUCUAUAUAGAAAGCAGCACAUGGUAACCAACAUGUGUUUUAUUGGCACUUGCUGCUUUUUAUAUAGGAUAUUUGCCCUUCUUUAUUUAAUAGGCUGUUCUUUCUAGUUACAACGUUGCGUAUUUGAUUGGCGGCCAAAUUAUUAACUAUAUCUGAUAUUUUUCCUACUCUUGAAAAUGUGUUGUUCUUUCAAGUUAGACUGUUACAGAGUUGCUUAAUUGCCAAACUGUCAAUUGCACCUUUUCAGAUUUUCCCUUUUUCUAGUAAUAGGCUGUUCUUUCGAGGCCUCUUCUUCGAUCGCUUUUGUUUCAAUCUAGCCUAAUGACCAUUUGGCGUAGUAAUAAUGUGGCCAUAUGUAUUUUCGACCUAAUAAGCUACACCAUUACCUCAUUGUCAUUUGAAAGGCCCUUACUGACAGCUACACACUAAGAUCAGCUCGGUAUUUUCCCCAUCUUUUUACUGAGUUCUCAACAGCAGAUUUAACUCGGUACGCUCGGUUAUCCCUUUUGCUGAAUACUCUGUAAAUAAGUUAACGAGUUCUGCAAAUGAACUGUCAAAAAUUACAGAUGAACGGUAAAUAUUGAUUACCGAGUGUACCGAGUUAAAUCUGCUGUUGAAAACUCAGUAAAAAGAUGAAAAAAAUACAGAACUCAGCGAAAAUUUUACUGAGCUGGAAAAUCAGAAUCUUAGUGUGUACAUCUCUAGUGUAGUUGUGCAAAUCGCCCUUAAACCAAAUGAGUCAAUAGGCAAAAAGUUGAAGUUGGGCUCUUGUCAUUUACAGUUUUAAGGUUUAGUAUCAAGAAGGCAAAGAACAUAUGAGAGAAACAAUAGGAGGGUAUAACGUGAGAACUACAGAUAAAUUUAAUACAGUAUACUCUUCUUUGAAUUAGUCAUUCAAGUUUUGACUUUCCCAUUUUUGAACAUUUUAAUUUCAACGUUUUAUUUUUGUUUUUUUUUUUGUUCGCGUCUGAUGUGUGGGUUUCAGGGUGUUGUCGAAGGACGAGCCGACUUUUUCAUUGCUUGAGCUAAUAUUGACUAAUCUGCAACCCACCCAUAGAGCUCGCAAGGCAUGGUACACAAAUUACGUAACGCUAAAAUCGGCGAUUUCAGACUCCCCCUCCCCCUUGUAACGCUUUUUGUAUGAAAACCAAAAAUAUUUUGUAUGGCUCGUAACGCUAAGCCAGACUCCCCCCCUCCCCCUAUAGCGUUACGUAAUUUGUGUACGAUGCCCAAAUAGUAUGGAAACUUUGAACCAAGAGUAUCCAGGUUUUAAACUAUGCGAAAAAUGCAUCCGCUACCAUUUCAUUAGAUAUUAUUCCUUUCUUUUGUGUUAAGGCUAUUCUUUUGAAUGUUAUCUUUUGGAAUUAUAGUUUCCAGAAUUGUCAUUAAAAAUUUUCCUUCAUUAAACAACGGUUGUUCAUUCAAACUGUAGUGAUAAAACUGUUGGCAUCAUAACUGCUAAUAUUUUUUAAUGUUUUCUCGAAGAUUUGGAAAUAAUGCUGAAAGCCCUGCUUAAAUUCUUCAAUGAAUACCAACUAAAAUGAAUCAAUCAUUGUGCAUUUCAUAAAAAGGUUGAAAUUUAAUGAGUCUGGGAAUAGCGAUAACUGUUUUCCGGGAAAUGUUCCGUUCCGGAAAAUGGGUUUCUGGAAAAUGGGUUUCCGGGAAAUGAGACAUUCCGGAAAAUGGGUUUCCGGGAAAUGAGUCAUUCUGGGAAAUGUUUUCCGGAAAAUGUCUUUCCGGGAAAUGAUUUUCCGGGAAAUGUCAUAGAAUCAAAUAUCAGUAUUGGACGAGAAAACCGUUUUAGAUUUUUCAAUGAUGACGAUUAUGUUAAUGACGGCCUAGAGCACAAAAAUUUCGGAUUACAAUUAGAAAUUAUGAAAAAGUACCGACUUCACAAAAAAAAACAAAAUAAAUCAACGCAAUUUUUAUUUUAGUUUUGCCCCAUUAUUGUAGGACCGCCUUUCUCAAAUUAUGUGUCGUGACCCACCUGCCCCAUAAGAAAUACACACGUUUUAAAGAUUUGAUUCCAGAAAAUAUCAAGUUGCGGUCAGCUUAGGAUUCUGGAAAGUGUAUGUCGUCUUCUAAUUAAUUGUAACAUGUUCAGUUUGCAUUUUUAGCCAAUUCAUGGUAUUUGGGACACACAGUCAUUCCCUCAUAUCACAGACAAGUCGUAACUCUUAGAGAAAAUUCACCUAUUGGUAGAACCGCGCGAGACACUGUCGGCCAUGAUGGGUUGCGAUUUGACGUUUGCCUAACACACACACUUUUAUACAUGUCUCCUGUAAGAUUCGUUUGUACCAUUCAGCAACGUGUACACUUGCAAACAUCAAAGCGAUCGAACAUUAGCACCUCUGGUGAAAGAAUUGCGGAAAUCAAACGAAAUUUGAAUUCAUCGUUAAAUGCAUGUGCCAAGCCCUAUCGAAGAGUGUUAUGUCUGUUUGUCUGCAGGGAUGUUUGCGAUCACCUGCCAAUCGUUUGACUCAUUUGUCCAUAACUCAGUUCAGAAACCUAAUAUCGAAAUGUGGUGUUCGGCAAAGUUAUAGAUUAGAGUUUUUCUACAAUUAUCACCAAGGACGUCAUAUUCUACCUCUUAUAUAUACAGCGCUAGAGCGCUAGUAUACCUACUCAUACUAAACGAUCAAAAAAUCCGAUCGUUUUGUAUGAGUAGGUGGUACUAACACUUUUACGACGAAAAUAUCAAGAGCUUGAAUAUGGCGUCCUUGGUGAUAAUUGUAGGAAAAGCACUAAUCUACAACUUUGCCAAACCCAACAUUUCGAUUUCAGGUUUCUGAACUGAGUUAUUGACAAAUGAGUCGAAUGAUUGCCAGGUGAUCGAAAACAUCCUUGUUUGUCUGUACUAUAUCGUGCAUUGCUCAAUAGAGAAAAUAGUAAAAUUCUUUAAAUAAUUGCAAUUUUUGUCAAAUGCAUGCUAUAAGGAUGAACACGGUGAUUUAAUAAUAAUUACGAGUAUUAGAGCAUGACCCAGUACACAUGUAAAUUGAAAUUUGAACUCAUCAUCUCCACCUGCUUGAAAUUAUUACAAUUUUUUAAGCAUUACUGCCCAUAACCGCAAAACUGACUACUGUUUACUGGCUUUUUUAUUAACAUGGGACUAUUAUGCUUUUGUGGGAAGUAUAAUUAACAUCAUAUAAAAAAUCUUCCGUAGGAAAGCCAUGUUGGCAAUGGAUAAACUGGUUUUCGUUAUUACUUAGUACUUCGAGAAAAUACAAAAAGAAUCACACUAUUUCAAAAAAAAAAAUUGUUCUAGAACCGCCGAUAGAACUUUCUCAUUUAAGUCUCAAAUGAAAGGUGGGACCCUUAGCUUUCGUUUGGUGGGUAUUUUAGCGAUACCGAUUUUUUUUAAAUAAUGUUGUUCACCAGACACACCGUGUCUUCCAAUGGUUUCUACAGAAACGGGGACCUGGGAUUGCUUCAGAAGUUCCUGUUGGGUUUCAAUCUCCAAUCCCCUCAUUCCUGGGAUUCUUCUAGAAAUUUCACCUCUAGUUUCACCAAGGAUUUCUCCAGUGAUUCCUCUUGGGAUUUUUAAGAGGUUUCUCUAGAGAUUCUUCCAUAGAUAUUUCUCCAAAGAUUUUCCCAGGAAUUCCUCUAUGAGUUGCUCUAGGAUUAAUUGAAGGAAUUGUGCUCACUUGUGUUAUGAUAAGCGUGCUAUUUCAUUACUGGCGUGACUGGUCCUAGUUUUAUAUGUGUGUGUCACGAUUGAAGAUGUGUUCGUUUUAGAACACUUAAAAGCGGAAAGGUAGCGGAAACGGAGCCAAUUCGGGCAAAAUUAGUUAUAAUACUUGUCGAUCAGAUGUUAGUUUAUUUUCAUUCGUUGAUAGAUGAUGCUGUGUUGUAAUUCAAGCUGCGUUAACCGGUUCCACAAUUACUAUGAGCUACAUCGAACAUUUUGUGCAAGCUUUUGCUGGAAUCCUGGAAUGGAAACUUUGACCAAUUUCUUGAUAAUGUUUAUAACUAUUGUUUGCUUUUUUAGUCCGUUACUGUAUACAGUAACUAGUUGUUGUUGUUACUGAAGUGGUUUUUGAUUCUAAGAAGACAGUGACAAAUAUCGAAAUACCGGACGAAUGUCCAGAUCGUGGAAGAAACCUUUUGCAAGAAAGAAAUGCUUCGAACAAUAGUAGUGUGUUGAAGUGACUCUCCUCGCCAAACAUGUCCAGCAAUACAUCUUCGGCUCCGCCGGAGAUUACGGCCGAGUGGACAGUGCAUGCGCAGUUGACCCUCUCGCACCAAGGGGGCAGUAACGUCGUCAGCUGUGACAAAGUGAAAUCCGACGGCGGAAGACGGGGCGAAUCUAUUCCGGUGCCCAAUUCCACCGCUGAUGGUGCAGGUGCAAGUGAGUCACCUCAGUCCAGUCAACAACAACACCAACAACGGCCGCCGGUGAAGGUGAUCUAUAAAUUUAGUGCUCCCCAUCAUGGACUGGGAUCGGAUGGAGGUGGUAAUUAUUCUCCGGCCGCCACCGGUGACGCUGGCGGGGGUGUGACAUUCAAACAGGAUGGUUCGACUAUUUUUACCACCACGGCUGACCAGACGAAAACUGCGACGACCACUUCGGCGACUACAGCAGCGUCGUCGUCCUCUGUUCAGAGUCCUGGUACCGAGACCUGCAAACCACAUUCAGAUGGACAAGACACAGCGAAGCCGCUGAAUCUGCUGGCAGCACCACAAACCUUGACUGCCACUGCAACGUCGCCUCUAUUCCCCAAAUGCACCAGUACCUGUAGUAUAGUGUUAACGGCGGACCUCCUGCCAACAGGAGUUGGAGGAGCUCAUGAACCCACCAUUAGCGUGAGCAAGUUCGCCGCCACCAAUGGUAAUGUGUUCAACACGACAACGGCCGACAAGUACACUUGCUUCCCGGAGAAGUCCUUCGAUGGAUCGAAGAUCUACGAAGCCAAAGACGUCAGCUGCCAGACGAGUGACAUCGAGCUGUCCAAAGAUAAAACCGUCCAAACCAGUGGCGAUGAUCUGCGGAGUUUGACGACGCGCAAAGCUGCCGAAGCACUGAUGUCGCCGGCUGCGACGCGCCGAGAAGAAAAAUAUGGCUCUUUACCUCGAAAGUCCCCGCUUUCGCCGGCGAACAUCCUCUCGCCAAGCAAUACAAUCCAAUCGCAGCGUUCCAGCGUCAAAGACAGUAGCAAGAAGAAACCCCGAACGGUGCACAUCGACGUGUACUGUACGGGAUCGGAUGCCGAGUCUUCCUCGCCGUCAUCGUCGGACGAGUCUUCGGUGCGAUCCGCUUCGUCAUCGUCGGCUUCGGGAAGUCGCUUCGAUACCAGUCACCUGGCAGAGCUGAAGGCCAACUCCAACCUUUCGCAUCCGACGGUUUUCGAGUCGGAGGAGAUGAAAUUGCGGCACAAACGGGCCGGGAAGCACGAAGUUCCACGGCGGAUGAUUCAGCAGACCGUUGUUGAUCAGAGUACAUUGUCUACGGUAGGUAGUUUGAAGAAAACCGAAUCGCAGAGCAGGAAGAGUGUGAAGCGGAGCAAUACGAAGGAUGAGAUCAACGAAUCGAAGCAGAUGCUGUUCAACAAGAUUCUCGGGGAGCCGAAAGAGGCCGAGACCUAUGCCAAUCUGGAGUACCUGGAGCGCGAUCCGAGUGAUGAUAAUGUUAGUUCCAACUAUCCAUUUUCGGUUCACUCGGCAAAACGGGAUGUCACGGGCAGCAGUUUAUCGAGUGCUCUCGCCUCAGCAGGUCUGGACGAAGUCGGAGAUCUGGAUGAAUCGGCGAAUCUGAAUCGAAGCCGGACAAACGUUACACACUCGGAUAGUUUCGAAUACGCCAACAGCGAAGAUCGCUAUCGGAUUCACCAGAUGGAACGAGUGUGGGGUGAUCAGACGUGGAAGUCACCUUCGGUAGAACGUAAACUGUUGGAGAUACACAACCCGAAGUAUCGUCGCCACAGCGAGUCAGACAACAACCUAUCCGAGUCGGAUCACAGCUUUGUAUACGAUAGUCCAUCCCGUCCAAAUGAAUCAGUUCACAGCGAUUCCAGUCCUUCGACGGUGAAGAGCAACUCCAACCGGGCGCCACCGUCGAAUAUAGUGGACGCUUCCAAACGUAUGCUUCAGCAAGCCCUGCUGACGGCGAACGGGUCGUCGACGUUUCCUCCGAGAAUAUUGUCACCGGUAGAGGGCUACACCAGCGAGUACCUGGCGUUGGCUAGACGAUUUGGCAGUUUGAUCACCGGCAAGCGGAAACCGGGGGUCCACAUGGGUCCGGUUCGGAAUCCGGAAUGUCAGUGCGAACACUGCCUGCGGUGGAUGCGGCAACGGGAGAGUAGCAUUCGCGAACGGGCCAUGUCCGUUGACGAUACGCCGUACAACAUCGUGGACAUGCGGAAGAAGCUUCACUUGCGGAACCAAAUGAAGCUGUGAGCGUGUGUGCUGCAGCUUUGUAAAUAUUGCUUUUAGGAAUGCAUUUGCUAUUAUUUUUUUCAUUAUUCCGAUUUCUCAUUUUCGUUUCAAAGUGGCAGUUGUGCAGCAUUUAGUUCUAGGGAUACAUAUUGUAAACGGAAUGAAUUGUACAUUAGAAUGCGCGGAUGAAUAAAAUACUUAAGUUUUUAAGAAGAAUUUGUUGGAAAAUAUCACAGACCAAUGAGAACUCGAUUUUCCAAAUGAAAAGAGAUCCCAGAUCGGACAAUG